AGUAAUUGUAGGUUUGCGAUGGCGACGAAAGAGCAGAUUGUUGAGCACCGCGAGUCUGAAAUUCCUAUAGCCAGCCAGUGGAAGGCCACGUUUCCCGUUGAUCUAGAGAUUGAAAAAAAUUCUGAAAUGUUUGCGCUUCGCUACAUAAAAUGUGCUUCGGCCUUCAUUCUCGAUCGCCGUGGCAUUUUGGACGAAAAAUGCUUCAAAACUCGAACAAUAGAUAAACUGUUGGUCACCGCAUUCCAGAGCAGUGUUCCUGCCGCAAAGCGUGUGUCUUCAACAUUCGACGGAUUGAGAGAUGCGAUUCAACAAGGCUAUUUGCGAGAGUUCGCAAUCGUGUUCUACAAGAAGCCAAACGAGGAAGACAUUAAUGAAGUGUUUGCGUUCAGGUUUGCUUAUGGAGAUGAAGGAGAGAUUUUCGUAUCUCUAAAUAACGGAAUCGACACGAACGAAAGCAGUCAAGAACUGUUACAGGCGAAAUUCGUUGAUACCGACAACACGAAACAAAUGUUUGCAAGCACAAUCAAGAAACUUCACCGGUGUAUCAAGAAAAUGGAGCCGCUUCCUCAAGGGUCCGACGCGAGUUUCCGUGUUUCGUACACUGAAAAAGCUCCAAAAGACUAUACACCCGAAGGCUAUCUGCUGAGUCCUAUGUUCUAUACGCUGAAUCAGGAUAUUAGGAAAGCAUCUAUUGGAAUCGUGUGUGGCGGUCAUCACAAAAUUCAAAUGCUUGCUGCUUCACAAUACUUGAAGCAAGACUUCGAUCUGGAUAAAACGACCACACUCAAUCCAAAUAUGUCAAUCAUGGCAAACCAAUCGAAAAGGAAGGGACGAAUUUCCAGAGAUUCCCCUUACGGUCUCAGUCAGGGCAUUACGAAGAAGAAUAAGGACUAGUCGAAAAGUUUUCACUCAUGUGCAAUGUUUCUCUUGUUUUAUAUUUUUAGCCAUUGUUUUUAUAAUUUCAUUGAUUGUCGUGCUUUUGUCUUCUCUUGUGUGAUAUCAAUCUAUCUUCUUCACGUAUAGUUUCAUCUGUUUGAUUGAGUUAUUUUUCUUUCACUGUAAGUCUGGUGUUUCGUAGAUUUAGAAAAAAGUAGCGUAAUAAAUUAUUUUGAAAUGGACCAAA